ACAAUUAGAUUCCCCAAAUAAAUCACUCAUUACGUCAUCAUCAAAUGUAUAAUUUUCUAUUUAUUUUAUUUUAAUUUUUUUUUUUAUCAAAUGUAUAAAUUAGAAAGCCGUCAAACAUCUCAAUUCAUUUUUCUCCUCUCUUUCCCAAUCAAUUAAAAUAUUCUCAGUUAAAGCCUUUUCGAUCUCUUUUGUUUUUCUCCAUUAAAAUAAAUUCCCACUUUUUUCUUUAUUUUUUAUUUUUUUAUUUUUUUUCCUCUAUAAAUAUCUACACUUCUCUUCAUUUUUCCUUAAUUAAUUAAAAAAAAAAAAUCAGAGGAGAGAAAAACACAGUGAACUAUGUCGGCGAUUUCCCGGCGACUUUCUGCCGGCGCCGGAACACCACCACCGGAAUUCCGGCGAUUCAGCAUGCAAUUCCGACAACCACUAACAACUCUCCGAUUAUCACGAAAUUCGCCGACAUCAAAUGAUAAUCAAUAUCAACGGCCACAAUGUAUUCAUCAUCAGGUCAACGUCAACCGUUGGAUUGAGGUGAGAUCGGACGGUGGAGAAGAGAGAUGGAAGAGGAAGAAGACGACGUCGUUUCGGUGUAAGGUUGGAGUUGGAGAAGUUGAUGAGAUGGAAGAGAGAGAUCGAACAGUGAAGGUGAUGGUUGCAGCUGGAGCUACGGUAGUACUGGGUGUAGCGAAUCGGGUUUUGUAUAAGUUGGCUUUGGUGCCUUUGAAACAUUACCCCUUUUUCCUCGCUCAACUCGCCACUUUCGGAUAUGUAUUUGUAUAUUUCUCUAUCCUGUAUCUUCGGCAUCGUGCGGGCUUUGUCACUAAGGAGAUGCUGUCAUUGCCUCAAGUUCCGUUUCUCGGAGUUGGGUUAUUAGAGGCUCUAGCAGCGGUAUCUGGAAUGGCAGCGGCAACAAUGCUUUCUGGUGCAUCGAUUCCCAUUUUGUCUCAGACAUUUCUUGUUUGGCAACUUCUCCUGUCUGCUAUAUUCCUUGGAAGGAGAUAUAAUGUAAAUCAACUAGUGGGUUGCUUAUUGGUCUCUAUGGGCGUAAUAAUAACUGUAGCUAGUGGAUCUGGUGCUGGUCCCUCCUUGAAUGACACCGGCCUAUUCUGGAGUUUUUUGAUGAUUUUUUCAUUUUUUUUACAAGCAGCUGAUACGAUUUUGAAGGAAGUAAUUUUUCUGGACGCUGCUGAGCGAUUAAAGGGAGGUUCAGUUGAUCUAUUUGUUGUAAAUUCGUUUGGAUCUGCUUAUCAAGCACUCUUUAUAUGCCUUCUUCUACCCUUCUUGUCGAAAUUAUGGGGCAUACCAUUUAAUCAACUUCCGUCGUACCUUAAAGAUGGAGCAGCAUGCUUUCUCAAUAUCAAUAGUCUCUCAACGGGAUGCAAUGGUGCUCCCUUGUUGCCUUUGCUCUUUAUUAUCGUGAACAUGGGUUACAAUAUAUCUUUGCUGCAUCUUCUUAAAAUCUCCUCAGCAGUGGUAUCUUGCCUUGCCUCUACAGUUUCAGUGCCCUUGUCUGUGUUUAUCUUCACUUUGCCUCUGCCGUAUCUUGGUGCUGGUACUGCUCUUCCUCCAGGCUUUGUGGCCGGUGCUGUCGUCCUUGUGCUGGGAUUGUUUUUCUACUCAUGGAGGCCCGCGAUGGUGCCUGCCAGUGCAACCACUUCAUGAUUUAGUUAGCUCAUUAGUGAGAAGAAUAUUACCAUUGUUGUAGCUGCUUUGAUGUGCUUGUAGCAAUUGUUUGUUUAGUCGUAGGGGGCUUACUGAUUAUUUAGAAAUAAGCAUAUGUUUAGUGAUAGGAAGAUUACUGAAACUGACAGGAUGUAGUCUAUUCCUUGGCAUCAAGAAAUGUUGAUGUUUCAUGUGCAAGUUCGGUUUAUGACAUGUAGGGGGAGCACAUAUAAACAUUCAAUUCAUCAAUGUGUUACGAAGGGUAAACACUUGGAUUAGUAUUAUGCUACACAGGGUUGCACAAAAUGCAAUACACUGUGCUUCACUUGCUUA